AUGGAUGCCAUUUUAGAUAACUUAUCUUUUACUGGACAUUCUGUCUUUUAUAACUUUACUGAUGAUUGGAUACCUGAUGGAAGCGAAACUAUUGAUUUUAUUAUACGAUGUGUCAUACCGACUGUGUAUAUUCUGAUCAUAACGAUUGGGUUGUUGGGGAACAUUACCUUGGUUAAGAUUUUUAUCACCAACAGUGCAAUGAGGAGCGUCCCCAACAUAUUUAUUUCGAGUUUGGCAGCUGGGGAUCUUUUGCUUUUGGUCACGUGUGUUCCAGUGGACGCAUUCAGAUACUUCUUUGAGGAGUGGAUCUUCGGUGUUGUGGCUUGUAAACUAAUACCGGUCAUUCAACUCACUUCAGUCGGAGUCUCGGUGUUCACUCUCACGGCUCUCAGCGCUGACAGGUAAGAUCAAGAGUAGGUGAAUGGGAAGUAUUCUUGUUGCCAAUGUUAUUGUUAUGUAUACCUAAUUGCAAAUGUUAUGGCUAUUGCAUGCUAACAAGAUAGUAAGAAUAAUUAACAUAUGUAAUUAAUAAUGAUUCCUCAAUUGUUGUGAUUAUGAUUAUUUUUAUCGACAACACAAGUUUUAUCACAAUUAAAUGCUGGGCAAAUGUCACUGACAAAUCUGUUGAUAUUUUGAUUGACAAACCAAGUGUGGCCUCAGAAAUGUUUAAAACGGAUCAAAUAGUGCACACCUGCUGGUUGUGUUGACUUCAAUAAGCCUGAUUUGUGUUAUAUUGUUUUAUUCAGGAGAGACACGGUUAGAAUGGCCAUUUAUCUUCUCUGGAAGGAGCAGCAUGAAUGCUGAGAUUAGAAAAAAAUGGCACUGUACAUUUGUCAAUCAUUUGUCAAUUCACAAGAAUAAGAGUAUUUUAAGUUUAUUUCCAAAACAUUAUAUCCACCCAUUUUUCACAUUUGUGUUUUUUCACCAGAAAUGAUUGCUUAUGAGUACCUUCGUGUGUGUAAAAUAUGACUUCAUAGAUUUUAGAUGUGUAUUAAAAUAGUUGUUUUUUUGCAAAACGCUAUAUAUCCAUUGUUUAGCUGGAAUGGAAGGAUAAUUUACUGAAUAUGUAACUGUGAUAUGUGGUUGUCUCAACUAGCUAUCUUAAGACUAACUGUAAGUCGCUCUGUGUCUGCUAAAUGACUAAAAUGUCAAAUGUAAAUGUUUUACAUACAGAUCUCAUAUUACUGUAUUGAUUAUUUUUUAAAUAUAUUUUUAUAUUGAUAUCACAAAUGUAUCAUUUGUACAGUUCUUUAUAAAAAAAAAAGUAGUUAUUUGUUACAUUUGACAGUGUAAAACCUAGCAGUACUACUUAUUUCUCUGAGAUUGAGGCGGAUAUAUUGCGUUUUGCAAAAAAACAUGUUUAUUUGUCUCACAAAUACCUGUCUGUCAUUAAACAACUCCAUGCCAUGAUUAGAUAGAGAAAAACACACCAAUCUCUUUCAGAAGUUCUUUAAACAAUAAAAGCUAAUUUACCAACAUUUCAGAAAAUGUAUAUAUAGCGUUUUGAAAAUAAGCUCUUCAUGUUGUAUUCCAUAAAGAAUGAGGGUGGCAAGCCCAGUUCAGUUGUAUUCAGUUAUCAUCAGGCAUUCAGGAGGAGUCAUACAGAAUAAUCUGCACAAAGCAUAAUUUACUGUCUUAUAUGAUUAAAAGGGCAAGCAUGCCUGAAUCUUUGUUUGGGACCUUAAUUUGACCUAGCCUACCCUUUCCUCUCCAACACAUACCCUCACCAAGACCACUGAUGCUUGGAGACAUUGACCUUCUCAAGUGACCAUUCUAUACCCCCACAAAUAACCUGUCUUCUGGUAUUAGGAGCUUCUUCUUCAGCUAAAAGUUCACUAGUGUCAUGAAAAUUCUUGGUCUGCCUCAGGCCUGGACAUCAAUAUGAAAGUAUAUAUUUUUUAUGAUCAUAUUAAAGUUCAUGGGAUUCUCUGAUAUAUAUAUAAUACCCCAUUGUGCAUGCCAUGAUAGCAGUCAAAAAAUUGUACAAAGCUUUGUAAUGACCCUUUCUAUGACACAGAACGUAAUCUAGAGCUCUAUCAGUUGGAGGAAAAGUUUGGCUAUGUCACUCUUCACUGGAAAUGACCAUGACUUUUGGCCAUCUCUGUCACUAGGGGCAAUUAAGUCAGCCAUAUGGUGAGAUUGCAGUCAACAGCUAUUCUCUCUAUGUUUUCCCUAGUCCAAUUGAGCAUGUAAUUGUGUGAUGAAGAGCAAUGAAAAUACGCCAUUUGUAUGCUUACCCGAUGUGAGGGCUUUAAAGAAUUGUAUCUUAUUAGCAUUCCCCUGGGCAAUGAAGUGGGAUUACAGUGGAUUGUUCAAGUAAAUACAGACAAAAAAACAUCCUUGUUUCUCUCUGGUGAGGUAUCAAAGUGUCCAUUUUCUGUGCUUGUCUGUUGCUGCCUGAGGCAGCUUGGUCUUAGACUAUGGGGGAUUUCUACAGGGGCAGAGGCUGCUGGAACAGCACAGUCAAGGGCAGUGUACAAACCUCCAACUGCCAAUGGAGAUUCUCCUCCAGACCAGACAUUUCACCAGCACAAAUAUCCUUUAGAAAACGGUCAGGAUGUGGAAAAUCUUCUAUCCUUGGAGCAAAAAACCUCUUUAUGCCCAAUGGAGCGAACAUCCUCUGUUGCACCCGCCUUUCCUAUAUUUUUUCCCCAUUGUAUAACUUGGCAGAAAUUGAUUAUUCUGUGCACAUAGCACUGAGUGUUGAAUUACAUGGGAGAUCAGGCCAAAGUCUAACCUAUAAAUUAGUUUUAUUGAUCAGCUUGUAAAUAUUUGGGUUUAUAUCAAUAUUUAGAUGCACUUUGGCAGCAGUGCAGAAACACAUUGUUGUUUCAGUUAAAUCAUUAUAAUUUCAUGUACUGACAAUUAUUGUAACCCAUGAUCUCAAUCCAAGGAUAUAAUUAAUUUGGGUAUGUUACGGUCAGGACAUUAAUUAGUUAGCUAGUGCAAACAUCAUGCACUCCAUAGAUCUCUCAUGUGUGCGUGAAAGAUCACCUCUAACACUCCAUAAAGCUUCUAUUCUGUGCCCAUGGACUCAGAAAUGCCUUGUCUUUGUCAAAGCCUCUUAUUUUUGAAAAGAGAAAGAACGUUAAUUAGAUUAAUUAAAUAUAAUCACAUAAUUUACAUUUAAUUUUAGACAAAGAAAUUAGAACAGUAAGGACAGCUGGUCAUUUAUUUCCAUUUGCAUGGAAAAGACUGCUUUGAAUCUAAUUUCAUGAUUAAUAUGAAAACGUCAGUAAAGGCUUUCCAUUAACGUUAAUUUUGUUCUAUCUACAAUAGUGCUUCACUGAGGUUGAAAAAGGUUUGGAGUCUGAAAAAGGUUUGAAGAGUCUGAAAAAGGUUUCAGGAGUAUUUUAUCAGUGUGUGAGUUGCAGAGAACCAUCCUUAAACAAUUCAUGAUCACAGGUUCAAUCAUGUCUGUCUAUCACUGCCUCAGAGUGUCAUGUCUGUCAUGAUCCUGGAGUUUCGCUCUAGCCUUUGACACCAAGAUGAAGCAGCACUCAAUUUUUGUUCUGGUGUUGUUGUUUUUCCAGGUACAAAGCCAUAGUGAAUCCUAUGGACAUCCAGACAUCCAGUGCUGUGUUCUGGACGUGUCUGAAAGCUGUGUCCAUCUGGGUGAUCUCCGUCCUGCUGGCGGUGCCCGAGGCCAUCUUCUCCCAGGUAGUACAUAUCCAGGACAAGAACGUGACCUUCACUGCCUGUGUGCCCUAUCCCCUCUCCAACGAGAUGCAUCCCAAGAUCCACUCCAUCCUCAUAUUCCUGGUGUACUUCCUGAUUCCCCUGGGGAUCAUCUCUGUGUACUACUACCACAUCGCCAGGACGCUGGUCAAGAGUGCUCAUGACAUGCCUGGGGAGAUCAGUGAGCACACUAAGAGACAG